AUGAUCUGCUCUGCGAAGCGGAAAGCCCUGGAUGGACUAAAUAAGAGAUACAUUUACGGUCGCCUGCCUUUAUUGCACACCAUCAUUUUCCUCGUCGAGAUGGCAGUAGCAGCUCGCCUUGCGGCGAAAUUCAAUACCUACUAUGCUGAAAGGCCAGUGCUCACGACGAUGGUCACCAACGCCGUGCUGGGUGGUGUUGCGGAUACUGUUGCGCAGCUGAUUACGGCCUUCCGGACCCGCCGACCUCAAGCGAACGGCGACGAAUUCCUUUCGAUAGAGAUCCCCGACUUUGACAAGCACAAGGUCCCUGCUGCAGGGGAACUGGGAUAUGUUCGGGCUACGUCGCCGUCUUUCGAUUUUGAGCGUCUGACGAGAUUUAUGUCUUAUGGCUUCCUCAUGGCGCCGUUGCAGUUUCAGUGGUUCGGAUUCUUGUCCAGAGCGUUCCCGCUCACCAAGAUGAACCCGACGGCUCCUGUUUUCAAGCGUGUCGCGUUUGACCAGUUGAUUUUUGCGCCAUUUGGUCUGGCGUGCUUCUUCACCUAUAUGACGAUCGCCGAGGGUGGUGGCAGAAGGGCACUGACAAACAAGUUCCGUGAUGUCUACUUGCCGACCUUGAAGGCCAACUUUGUGCUCUGGCCGGCCGUGCAGGUCCUCAACUUCCGUGUCAUUCCCAUUCAGUUCCAGAUUCCAUUCGUCUCAACCGUUGGUAUUGCAUGGACCGCAUACCUUUCUCUAACCAACGCCGCCGAGGAGGCCUAA